AUGGUUAACAGAGCCGAUAUGCCGUGUGUGCAGAGAACGAGGCCUCGACAGAUGCGCCGAGGAGAGGGCCGGAGAGUGGACUCGCCCUACGGAAAUGGGGACUCUAUGGGAGCGGAGGAUUUCUUGCUUGCAUUGCGGCCUUUCUUUUUGUUGAUUAUUAACAACAUCGUGACUUCGGUCUAUUCCCGUUGGCGAGAAUUCAAAUGCAAGCACAACCCGUAUCUGUGGGCGCUACCAGAGUCCAGCCAAGACGCCGUUCAGGAACCAACAUGUGUCAUCCCAGAUACGCCAUACUAG